AUGUCUAGCCCAGCCUGCUGCAAGUUGGCCCCUGUCACGGCCGACUACACCCCCAAGGGCAAAUACGAAAAGAUUGCCGGCAUCAACACCUACAUCGUUGGCCCCGAGGACGCCACCAAGGGCAUCGUCGACAUCUACGACAUCUUCGGCAUCUGGCCCCAGACGGUCCAGGGCGCGGACCGCCUCGCCGCCCACACCGGCUUCCUCGUCCUCAUCCCGGACUUGUUUGACGGGACCGGCCUGGACAUCAACGCCAUCCCCAUGGACACGCCGGAAAAGGCCCAGAAGGUGCAGGACUUUGUCAGCACCACGGGCAACCCGCAGGCCAACGUCGAGAAGCUGCUCGUCUUCCGCAAGGCCCUGGCGGACAGGUUCCCGGCCGUCGAGGGCCACUGGGGGCUCUUUGGCUUGUGCUGGGGAGGCAAGCUGGCGGUGCUGGCGUGCGGUGAGGGCAACGAGGGCGUUGGACGGAGGUUCAGCGCCAGCGGAACGGCUCAUCCUGGUCUCCUGGAUGAAGCCGAUGCCAAGGUCCAGACGGUGCCUCACAUCCUGCUGGCCUCCAAGGACGAGCCUGCUGACAAGGUUGCCCUGUAUCAGGAGAUCAUGGGCGACCGCGUUGAGGUGACGACCUAUCCGAACAUGCACCACGGCUGGAUGGGUGCCAGGUCGGACCUGAAGAACGAGGAGAAUGUCAAGGAGUUUGAGCGCGGCUACAAGCAGGUUGCCGACUUUUUCGCCAAGCACCUUUGA